AUGAUAGACAUCGAACUCUCCUCUUUGCCUGAGGCUAUUCCAACCCAAAAUAUCCCAUAUAGCCAAGGAUAUUUUCGGCGAUUCAAACAGGGCGCUGCCUCUCUCGUUGGAGAAAUGGGGCGCUUUAUCCCCUCAUACCUCCGCGAAAAUGGGUCGGAGUCUUCUCUUUCUCCAGUUAUCAUCAGUCCAUGGGAGCGGUUGAUAGAUUAUUCUUCCGUCGGUUACUACUACACUGCUGUUUCCACCUCUAUGCCCACCACUAAAGGGCUCCUAUCAUACGAAGGGGCAUUUAUCAGCAAUCUAUCUGAAUUUAUACCUAGCCUUAACAAAUACUGGCCUACACAGGUCCUUAUUUGUGAGUAUUAUUCCCGAAUAUAUAUCAAUCUUCGUGGCAGGCUGCCAUCGUUUCUUAUCUCAGUUCCGGCAACUGUAUGUCCGAUCCCUCACCAUCCGUGUCCUGCAGUGACACCGCUACCCAGUAUACCCACUAUCGUGGUAACAGACGUUGACGGUUCUCGAGCCGGUUGCUACAACGCUAUGCACGAGACCCAAAGGAUACUAGGGGAAGGAAACCCAUUUUUAUGGAGGGAAUGGAAGGGGAAGUUUUCGCCAGUUCGUGUACCUGAAAACGUGUUCUAUGAUGGUGCUCCGCCCAUGUCUGAGGAUGAAGAGGAUGAAGCAAGAGUGGGAGCGAAAUGUUCGCAGCAGGGAACAAAUUACCAAUCGGAGGAAAGCAGUCAAGGCAACGUUCCUAGGGAGUUGGAGUGGUGGGAAAAAGAGGAUUCCGAAGAAGAAUCCGAAGAGGAAGACUCUGAAGAUGAUGGAGAUGAUGAAUACGAGGACGACUCGGACGAUGACUCGGAUGUAGACUCCGACGCGGAGGAGGAUCUAGAUGAAGCAUCUGCCGAUCAUGUGCGCUCAAUCACAAGCAGCGUUUCGGCCGUCAAAACCACUGUUCCGUUCUUAUGCGAGCCAAAUGCACAACACCCUAUUCCCAUUCAAUCACAAACUACCACCCCUGGUUCAUGUCAAUUACCCCAAGGUCUGCAAGAGGCAAAUGACUUAGGAAUCUCUUUAUCCUCUUCCUCGUCAUCUACUUCGUGUUUUUCUCUUGAUGAUUCUGACCUUGAAUCUUCCAAUUCCUCGACGACGGUUUCGUCCGUACCAACCCCAAUCACCCCAACAUCUCCGUCUAUUACUACUAUCGAUUCUUCCGAUCUUCAAAAACAGCAGCAAAGAGAUUGCAAUGAGCUACCCGAAACCUCGUGGCUCCUGAUGAACUCACUCGAUACGGCGUUGGGAGCUGCUCAGGAAGCUGAAAUGGAAAUGGAAUUUCAAAUUUCGCUACAACAAGGAGUAAGAGCCGGGGGGUGCAUUUGA